AUGAACAUCAACACGGAGGAGGGAGGGGAGUCUGCGGAGCCCCCGCUCUAUGGAGGGGGGAGGGGGCUCGACUGGCUGCACCCGUCGGGGACGAGCGAUUAUGCGAAGGGGGUGUCCGUGGUGUCUGUGGUGGACCCUUCUUCGAGGAAGGGGCUCCGGGCUCUGGAACAGGCCUUGUCGCUCCUAGUGUCUGAGAACGGCGGCAGCGGCGGCGGCGGUCCGGAGGAGAAAGCCGACGGCCCUUCGGGAGCAAGCCUCAACGACAACGACAACGACGACGGUGCGGAAGACGGCGGCGCCGGCGAUGGUGUCACCCUCCCUCGGUCUGGCCUACGGCUUGCGGUCGUUUUCGACGCCGCUUCUUCUUCUCCGGAGCGGAGCGGCGGCGGCGGCGGAGGAGGAGGGGGAGGAGGCGUGCCCGCGGCGGGAGGCGGCCGGUGGUGGCUCCCGGCCGUGUUUGAGGCGGUUGGCAGCAGGUCUCCUGACAAGUCUCCGAGGUUCCUGCUCUCGGUGACCAGGGCCGCAAUGUCGUCCCCCGGCCCCGACGGCGAAGCAAAGAACGCCGCAGACACGGUGGAAACCCUGGCGAGGGAGGCCGGCCUCUCCCCUUCCCUUCGAGCGGCCGUCGCCAAGGCUGCCGCCGGGGGCGAGGCAUCAUCGUCCGCGAGGAGAAGAAGAAUGGCGAGGCUCGCGAGGAGCGUUGCCGGCACCGCGAGGGGGGAGUCCUGCGCUCUGGUGAACGGAAGAAGAGUGAUGUCCUCAGGGCCCGCGCUUCGCCCGACCGAAUCGAUCCAUCGGGUUCUCGUGGACUGGCGUGCUUCUGGUCCGAGAUGGUUCCACAUUCUUGGGGCCGAGCUACAGUCGACCGUGAUCUCGCAGCUUGCUUCUUUCCUGUUGCGGUUCCACCAGGAGCGUCGCCAGAUGAUCCCAGACGCCGUCGCUCUGGGGGAAAUUCUUGUCCAGACCGUCGCCGAAGUCGCCGCAGCGCGCGGCGGCGGUAGGGGCGACAGCACCAACAAAAAGAAGAGGAAAAAGAGGAAAAAGAACGCCGCGGGCGGUGGUGGUGGUGGUGCUGUCAACGAUGACGGCGUAGUCUCUGUCCUUCGCCUCGGGCCCGACGGCCACCUCCGCCGGGGUACCGUUGGCGGGGCUGCUGCUGCUGCUGCUGCUGCUGCUUCCGGGGAGCAGGAGCAGGACGCGGACGGCCCAGGCGAUGCUGCUGCCGGCGAUGCUGUAGCCGAUGCUGUAGUCGAUGCCGCUCCAAGCGAUGCUGUAGGCGAUUCUGCGGGCGAUGCUGCAGGCGGGGGUGCUGCGGGCGGUGAUAUUGCCGGCGGCGAUGCUACAGGCGAUGGUGCAGGAGAUGCAAACGGCGCAGGAGACGGCCAGGCGGCAGCGGAGGCGGAGGGGGCUGGAGGGGAGGGUGUUGUCGAGGAGGACGAAGGAGGGGAAGAGUUGGGGAUGGGGCAGGUUGCUGUGGAGCUCGUGGCCGUGCUUGACCCUCUGUCCGUGGCGGCGCAGAGGGCCUCCACGCUGCUAUCACUGGCUCAAGAGGUUUUGGGGCUGCCGGUGACGUUGCUGCUCUUGCCCUCCCUGGAUGUGUCGGAGCUGCCCCUCAAGAACUUCUACCGUCUGGUUCUGGGACCGGCGUCCGGUUCCGUGGCGGCCUUUGACCGACUCCCCGCAAGGGACAUCCUGACCCAGAGGCUCGACACGCCCGAGCCGUGGAACGUGCAGGCCUCCGCUGCGCUGCAGGACCUGGACAACCUGCGGUGUGAUGAUUCUGCGGGGUGUGGGGACAACGGAACAUUCACCACCUCCGCGGAGUACACGGUCAAGGGCUUGCUCCUCACCGGAAGGUGCUACGACGUCACCUCCAGUCCGCCCUCUCCGCCUCAAGGACUGCAGCUCGUACUCCGGCCUUCUCCGUCGACGCCAUCCUCCCACACCACCGGCGGCGGCGGCGGCGGCGGCGGGGUCACAGCGGACACUGUCGUCAUGGAGAACCUGGGGUACUUUCAGCUCCAGGCGUCCCCCGGGGUGUGGGACCUCGAGCUCGCGGACGGCAGGGCCUCCGAAGUUUAUGAGAUCAUCGACGGCGGCGGACGAGGCGGUAGCGGUAGCGGCGGGGUGGUUAAUUCCGCCGCCCAUGCCGCGGCAUUGGAGGUGCAGCGGCGGCUGGAGACGGAGCGGGCGGCGGAGGGGGCAUCGCCGGCGGCUGAGAGCCAGGCCAUCGUCGUGCGUAACUUCUACAGCAGGUACGAGCCCGUCCUGGUGCGCAAGCGGCCUGGGAUGGAAGACGUGGGCCUCCUAGAGGCCGACGACGGUUUCGCCGCCUCCGCCAGCGGAGACAACGCCGCCGCCGGCGCCCCCGCCCCCGCCGGCAUCUGGUCUCGAGUGUCCGCGGCAACGGAAAACGUUCGGGGGCUCGUGGGUUUGGCCGGGGAGGGGGAGGGGGUGGGGAUGGGGGAGGUGAAGGGGGGGGAAGCGGAGAGGUUGCACGUGUUCUCCUUGGCGACGGGCCACCUGUACGAGCGGUUCCUGAAGGUGAUGAUGAUGAGCGUGGUGAAGCGGGCCAGCAUGCCCGUGACCUUCUGGUUGCUGGAGAACUUCCUGUCGUCAUCCUUCAAGGAGAGCGCCCAGGCCUUGGCGGAGGAGUUCGGGUUCCGGGUGGAGUUUGUGACGUACAAGUGGCCGGAGUGGCUGCGGCGGCAGAGCGAGAAGCAGCGCAUCAUCUGGGGCUACAAGAUUCUCUUCCUCGACGUACUCUUCCCGCUGAGCGUCGACAAGGUCAUCUACGUCGACGCUGAUCAGGUGGUGCGGGCGGACCUCAAGGAGCUGUGGGAUCUCGACCUCCAAGGGGCGCCGUACGGCUACACCCCGUUCUGCUCCAGUCGCGAGGAGACCCUGGGGUACCAGUUUUGGCGAGGCGGUUUCUGGCAGGCGCACCUUGCUGGCCGUCCUUACCACAUCUCCGCACUGUACGUGGUGGACCUUAAGGCGUUCCGAAGAAUGGCCGUCGGCGACUCGCUCCGGAGCAUUUACAACUCCCUGAGUCAAGACCCGAACUCCUUGUCCAACCUCGACCAGGAUCUCCCCAAUUACGCUCAGAUCAGGAGAGGCACGGGAAAAGUGCCCUACAUGUAG